CGCUGUGGCAGCCUCGGGGCGUCCUGAACUUCACAGACAGCGUGAGAAGAAAAAAAGCUUCUUUGACGUCAGCCACGUUAGUUUUCAGUAGUCCAAGAUGGCGGAGGUGAGCGGGCUGAGGAGCAGAAAUCACAUCGAGCCCAACUGCAAAAGCCGAGUCGUUGACGAAGGCUUGAGUGGUGUAGAAGAGGACCCCAUUUUUUGUCAUAAGAAGAUACCUCCUUUAGCCAAGGCUGAGGACCUGGAGGAUGAACUGCUUCCCAGAAUCCAGACCCCUAACUCAGGAAUCAAUGCCACCUUCACCCCCCCACUGGAGGAAGAGAUUCAAGAAGAAGAGCCUUGGUUCGAGGAGGAAAAAGCCAGACCUGUCCAGAUCGUCCUAGCCAAUGAGGAUGAGCACAGCUUUGAGCUGGACGCCGCAGCGCUGGAGAAGAUCCUGCUGCAAGAUCACGUGAAGGACCUGAAUGUGGUGGUCGUUUCUGUUGCUGGGGCCUUUCGCAAAGGCAAGUCCUUCCUGCUGGACUUCAUGCUACGCUACAUGCACAAUCAGCAGAGUGAGUCAUGGAUCGGAGGUGAUGAUGAGCCGCUGACAGGCUUCACCUGGAGAGGAGGCUGUGAGAGGGAGACCACAGGAAUUCAGAUCUGGAGUGAAGUCUUUGUGGUCGACAAGCCUGAUGGCAGCAAGGUGGCCGUGCUCCUCGUUGACACCCAGGGAGCAUUCGACAGCCAGUCCACCAUAAAGGACUGUGCUACGGUGUUCGCCCUCAGCACAAUGACCAGCUCUGUGCAGGUGUACAAUCUCUCCCAGAACAUUCAGGAGGACGACCUGCAGCACCUGCAGCUCUUCACCGAAUAUGGACGGCUGGCGAUGGAAGAGAUCUACCAGAAACCUUUCCAGUCCUUGAUGUUCCUGAUUCGUGACUGGAGUUAUCCGUAUGAACACAAAUAUGGACUGGAAGGAGGCAACCACUUCUUGGAGAGACGUCUACAGGUGAAACAGAACCAACAUGAGGAGCUGCAGAAUGUGAGGAAGCACAUCCACUCCUGCUUCUCCAACAUCGGAUGCUUCCUGCUGCCCCAUCCUGGCCUCAAGGUGGCCACUAACCCAUACUUUGACGGCAGGCUGAAAGACAUCGAUGGAGACUUCAAGAAACAUCUGACCAAGCUGGUGCCUCUCCUGCUGUCUCCAGCGCGACUGGUAGAGAAAGAGAUCGGAGGGAGCAAAGUGACCUGCAGAGAUCUCCUGGAGUACUUCAAGGCUUACAUAAAAAUCUACCAAGGGGAGGAACUGCCUCACCCAAAGUCCAUGCUGCAGGCGACUGCAGAAGCCAACAACCUAACCGCGGUGGCAGGAGCCAAAGACAUGUACAGCAAGAGCAUGGAGCAGGUCUGUGGUGGGGACAAGCCAUACAUCGCCCCAUCGGACCUAGAGCGCUGCCAUGGGGAGUUUCGUGAGCACUCAGUACGUUACUUCCGCUCAGUGAAGAAAAUGGGCGGUGAGGAGUUCUGCCAGCGCUACCAGAGCCAACUGGAGGCGGAGCUUGACGAGGCCUAUGUCAACUUCUCCAAACACAAUGAUGGCAAAAACAUCUUCUAUGCAGCACGCACGCCAGCAACACUUUUCGCAGUCAUGUUUGUCACCUACAUUGUUUCCGGGGUGACAGGCUUCAUCGGUCUGAGCACCUUAGCUGCGCUGGCUAACCUGGUGAUGGGCGUGGCUCUGCUGGCCCUCUGCGCCUGGGCAUACGUGAAAUAUUCUGGAGAGUUCCGGGAGGUUGGGACAAUGAUAGACCUGGUGGCCGAAACACUCUGGGAACAGGUGUUGAAGCCAUUAAGCGAACAUUAUAUGGAAGACAACGUCAGACAGACGGUGGUUAACUCCAUUAAAGCCAGCUUGACAGAACAGGGCUCAAAGCACACCAAGUUAAAGACUCAAUGACGCUCCUCCUCCUCCUCCCUCUUCGUCUCGUCCUGUCUCCUGCCCACACACUCUGUGUUCAGUCCUUCAGCUGUGGAACUCAUUCAACACCAAAGCUUUUUCCCUCCUCCUAAACUCCACCUUCACAUCGCUGCCCCCUCUUUAUUUGCUGUAAUGGACCUGUGGGCUUGCUGUCUGUUGCUGCUCUUCAUUGCCCCCCAGUGCCUCAGAGCAGAAACUGCAUGUUCAUGAGAGGAGCGAGCAGAGAAGCCAAAGCAGGAGCUAAAAGACUGUCACCUCCUCCAGUGUGCCAUGCUGUGAUAGACACAUGUUGUGCUGUAGUGCGUACUGUAGACACGCUGACAUGUUUGAAUAUCAAGCUGUAAUUCAGGGAAAACUGACACAGCAGUGAACAGCUGUAACAACAAUGAAUGCAAACUAAAAUCUGAUUUUUGUGUGUUUAAUUGUUUUGUCUCAAAGGCCAGAUGGUUCAGUUUACCUUUCUUGUGUUUGUUUCUUUAAAGCACAAGUGACUAAGCGACUCAGAAACGUCUCUCCCUUUAAAACUAUCUCAGAGAUCUGAGGCCUCUCAGCUGGUGUUUGUUUUAAAUUUGAAACUGUCAUGCUUUUUAAGGUGAUCAGGCCUUUAGUGUCUCAUAAUGGACCUGCCAGUGUCCAGCCCUCUUCAUGGUGUCCCUCGGUUAUAAUGUUAGCUGCAAGCUUUUAAAGCCACGCCUCUCAUGUUAAGACAUUUUUCUCUUCAGCUGCCUUCAUUAAAGAAGCGUUAGCUCUCUUCUCUUUCUUUAGGAGCCUUUAGCUUCUGCUGUUUUAGAGAUAUAAGAAUUUAAGGAAAGUUUCACACCAUGAAAACCCCAAUCUUUGUUUCCUUGCAGGGUGUUAGAUGAGAAGAUUGAUGCACUUCAUGUGGAGGGAAUAGCAAACAGCUAGACUUAAGCUGUUAAAAAUGGACCUCAAGUAUGUUUGAAGUUUAAUUUUUAACACAUUAAAGUCCGUUUGUGAAAUAUAUGCACAAAUUAGAGUCUAAAAGCUAGAUUUUGAUCUGCUGAGUCAUUUUUUUCAUUGAGAUAGUUUAUCUAAAUUAAACAAGCAGGUUACUAAUGAAGGUACUGUAGGGUAGAUUUUACCUUUUUCAGAGAGCCAGCCUGUCUGUUCUCUCCCUGUUCUCAGUCUCAGCUUCAUGAUAAACUGGCAGACUUGAAAGAAUUGUACUCUUCUUAUCCACCCCUGCAACAAAGUAUUUUAAAGCAUAUCUGUAAAUGUCCUUUGUCUCAUAAACUGACAUGUGAUGUUUUAUCCUCCUGCCUUCACCAGUUUAAUAAUCUCUUCAGCAGGAGGCACCGUGUUCACUGACAGCUUCAUUAGCUGCUGAGAUCUUCUGUAUUGAUUCCAUCCACAUCAUUUCUCACCUCAGAUGUCUCUUACUGUACAGCCUCUCUCUUUUCUGUGUUAACACAACAAAUUGGGCAUGUGUAUGUUGGAUUAAAUAUUUAAAUAAACUUUGUAUGCGUUUUAUAGAGAUCAGAUGACAAAGGCUGUUUUUUUUCUUGUUUUGAUCAGCAUAACAGUCUUUGGUUUAAGAUAAGUUGCUGCUGUAGGGUUUACACUAGUUUGGCCCUCUCAUGAGGACUGAUGUUAAUAGAAACGUGAUGUGAAUACUCGGUUUAUAAUAGGAACUUCUGAUUGUGACGAGUGGGUUGAGAUGAUGUUUGUCUGCCUUUUAAAGAUAUCACUGAUAAUUUAUUUUUGAAUAAAAUGUAUACCUGAAGAAUAAAAUCAUCCAAACAAU